CCCAAUUCGCAAUCGAUCUCGAUCUCUUCUCGGAAAUCGUUGAUGAAGAACAGCAAUCCUCACCAGCGUGAGCGUGAGGCAUCGGCGAGCUCUCAUGCAUCUUCUCUGCGAUCCGGUUCCGGCCGUGGUGGCAUCACCGGAGCUCGUGCUAGUGAUCGCCCUUCAAGAAUCCAUGGCGGUGAGUACUUGCAUCCCUUUGCUGAUGAAGAUCUUUCUAGUAGUUAUCGUUCACCAAGAAUCUAUCAGCAAGCCGGAGGCGUUGAUUCUCCGGCUAUGGCGUUUAUCAAUCAAUUAUCGCCGGAGUUGCCAUCAACUUCUUCGAAUUCAGGAUUCACGAACCCUAGCUACAAUGAUCUCAUGAAUCGAUUCAGUUCUAUGGAUCUCCGUGCGAUGCACGAACCCUCAUCAUCAUCAUCCAACCGGGGUCUAGUCCAGGAGUCCAUCAAUCGGAGAUUCUCAUAUCCGAGCGAUUUCAGCAAUGCUGGAGCAGGGUAUCAGCCACGAAGAUCGGUGCCGGAGAAUUUCAAUGGUUUUUACCAUGCUUCUCCUUCACAGGCAAGUUAUGCCAAUGAAUUCUCUCCACCACCAUCGGAUUUCUUGGUAAAUGCUCGCUUUAGCUCUGAUCGGAAUCAAAUUUCGGAAGUUCGUCGUAGGAUUUUUGAAUACCAGAAUCGUAACAUGAUGAAUACUCAAUCUCGUUAUUCAAGAUUUUAUCCAGAGGAACACCCUUCGAUUCAGGCGCCAUUGCAGCAUUCAAGCUUGGUUCUUGAUGAUUUGAUUGCUUUAACAGGACCAAGAUCUCCAACUACACCCAAUUGCCAAUUGGAAUUUCUCAAUUUGAUGGAAAUUAAGGAUGACAUUCACUACUUGGCAAAGGAUAGGAACUAUAAUCAGUUCUUUGUGAAAAAGCUUGAGGGCAAGAAUCCACAGGAUGUCAGUAUUAUAUUUGAUGGAAUGUUUCAUCAUUUACCUGAUCUUAUGCUGGAUUGUCAUGCAAACUUAGUAGUACAGACACUAAUGGAGGUGAUCAAUAAUGAGCAGAGGACUAAAUUGCUUGUUUCCCUGAUCACCGAUCGUACCGCCUUAUUGAGAGCAUCUCAGCAUGUUUAUGGGACAAAGGCUGUGCAGAAGUUGAUUGAAUGGCUGGACUCCAAAGAGCAGAUUGAUAUGAUGAUUUUCUUUCUAAAACCUUUUUGUUUUGAUUUUGUUAAAGAUCCACAUUCUUGUCAUGUUGUGUCACAAUGUUUGAAGAAAUUUUCUGAAAGUAAUAAUCAGUUUAUAUUAGAUGUCUUUCUCAGAAGCUGUGUCCCACUGGCAAAUAAUCAAAGUGGGUGUUGUGUCUUCCAAGACUGUUUACGUUACUUCACUGGGCAAAAUAGGAUCAAUUUGAUUGAAAAAGUUACUGCCAAUGGAUUGGCACUUUCUCAAGAUAAAUAUGGAAACUAUGUUGUUCAAGUAGCCUUAGAGUUUGGUAUUACAUCAGCAUCUGCUAGUCUGGCAUCACAACUCACCGGACACUAUGCGGAUCUCUCAACCGACAAAUGCAGCAGCAAUGUGGUUGAAAAAUGUCUCAUCUUCUUCUCUCAAGAAGACCGCAAUAAAAUAGUUCGUGAAUUGCUCCAAGUACCUCAAUUUGAACAGCUAUUACAACACCCUUACGCGAAUUAUGUCAUCCAAGCAGCUCUUGUUAACACCGAGGGUUCUAUUCAUGCCUCACUUGUUCAAGCCAUCUUACCUCAUGUUGAAUCUCUGAGAACUAACCCCCACUCCAAAGGGAUUGUUUCAAAACUACUGCCAAAGACAUGAAGCUGUUGUUGUCCUUCAAGAUGUCCAAUAAUAGUUACUAGUUGUAGUUGUAGAUCCAUGUUGGUUGUUGGAAGUAGAAUAACAAGCUGGGUACCUUGCUUGCUUAGGUAUUAUGCCAUUGGUGGUUGGUUAGAAUGUUGUUAUUGUUAUGCUGUCUGUUAGUUUUAUUGUUAAUAAUUUGUCAGGUUGAUGGUUAAUAAAGUUUCAUCUCCA